GUCGAGGUGUGCUGGCGGCGGGGUGUCGCAGGGCGUGUCACGAGGUGACUCGGGCGGGCUGAGGGCGGGCGGGAGGGAGAGACGAAGGGCGCGCGGGGCUGUGGCUCCGAGCCCCCCUCCCCCGCCGCAGUCGGCCGGCCUCUCCCCGGAGAAGAUGGCGGAUCGCGCGGAGAUGUUUUCUCUUUCCACCUUUCACUCGCUGUCGCCGCCAGGCUGCAGGCCUCCGCAGGACAUAAGCCUGGAAGAGUUCGAUGAUGAAGAUCUGUCUGAGAUCACUGACGACUGCGGCCUGGGCCUCAGCUAUGACUCGGACCACUGCGAGAAGGACAGCCUUUCUCUGGGGCGUCCGGAGCAGCCGCACCCCAUCUGCUCCUUCCAGGAUGACUUUCAGGAGUUUGAGAUGAUCGAUGACAAUGAAGAAGAGGAAGACGAGGAGGAGGAGGAGGAGGAGGAAGAAGAGGAGGAAGAGGAGGAAGAGGAGGAAGGAGAAGGGGAGGGCAAGGAGGGAGGAGGCCCUGGUUCAGAGCCCUCUGGCCCGGAGCCCCUGAUCCCCUCCCCUUCCCUAGAGGAGCCCCACAAGCACCGGCCCACCACGCUCCACCUGACAAUGCUGGGAGCCCAGGACUCCCUGAACAACAAUGGAGGGUUUGCUCCAGGGCCUCCAGCCUCCUGGCAGGAAACUGUGCUGUGCCCACCCGCCCAGGAACCCCUGAGAGAGCCGCCCGCCCCCCUCCCGCCCACGGACAUGAGCCCCUGCGGGGCUCAGUCACCUGUGCGCCCAGGAUGCGACUCCGAAGGAAACCAGCCCGCAGGGCCCCCGGCGACGGGUGGGGCCUCGCCCUCCUCGGAUCCGGGCAUCGAGGCCGACCUGGGCAGCGGCUCCAGCGGCGGCCGUGGGGGCCGGCGCAGCAGCCAGGAGCUGUCGUCGCCGGGCUCCGACUCCGAGGACGUGGGGCGCGCGCGCCUGGGGCGCAUGAUUUCGUCCAUCUCAGAGACGGAGCUGGAGCGGAGCAGCGACGACGGCGGCAGCAGCAGCGGCCGCUCCUCGCACCUCACCAACUCCAUCGAGGAGGCCUCGUCGCCGGCCUCGGAGCCCGAGCCCGAGCCCGAGCCCGCGCGUGAGCCCCCGCGCCGCCCCGCCUUCCUGCCCGUGGGCCCCGACGACACCAACAGCGAGUACGAGUCGGGCUCCGAGUCGGAGCCGGACCUCAGCGAGGACGCCGACUCGCCCUGGCUGCUCAGCAACCUCGUGAGCCGCCUGAUCUCCGAGGGCUCCUCCCCCAUCCGCUGCCCCGGCCAGUGCCUGUCCCCCGCGCCGCCGCCGCGGCCCGCCGGGGAGCCCGCCGGCGGGGCCCCCGAGGCGGCGGCGGGAGCCGGCGUGGAGCUGGUGGACAUGGCGACGCUGUGCGGGCCGCCGCCGCCCGCGCCCUCCGCCUGCCGGCCCGGCCCCGCGCAGCCCGGGCCCUGCCUCUUCCUCAGCAACCCCACGCGCGACACCAUCACGCCCCUGUGGGCCGCGGCGGGCCGCCCUGCCCGCCCCGGCCGCGCCUGCUCCGCCGCCUGCUCGGACGGGGACGACGAGGACGAAGAGGAGGAGGACGACGCUGCGGCCAAGGCGGGGCCCCCCGGCGGCCGGGGCCCGGGCCCCGCGGCGCUGGACGCCUCGCUGGUGUACGAUGCGGUCAAGUACACGCUGGUGGUGGACGAGCACACGCAGCUGGAGCUGGUGAGCCUGCGGCGCUGUGCCGGCCUGGGUGACGGCAGCGAGGAGGACAGCGGCGGCGAGGCCAGCGAGGAAGAGGCGGGGGCCGCACUGCUGGGCGGUGGCCAGGGCCCCCGCGAUGCCUCCCCGGACAGCCCCGACCUCACCUUCUCCAAGAAGUUCCUCAAUGUCUUUGUCAACAGCACCUCUCGCUCUUCCAGCACUGAGUCCUUCGGCCUUUUUUCCUGCCUGGUCAAUGGGGAGGAGAGAGAGCAAACCCAUCGGGCUGUCUUCAGGUUCAUCCCCCGCCAUCCCGAUGAGCUGGAGCUGGAUGUGGACGACCCGGUGCUGGUGGAGGCCGAGGAGGAUGACUUCUGGUUCCGGGGCUUCAACAUGCGCACGGGGGAGCGUGGCGUCUUCCCCGCCUUCUAUGCCCACGCGGUGCCUGGCCCGGCCAAGGACCUGCUGGGGAGCAAGCGCGGUCCCUGCUGGGUGGAGCGCUUUGACGUGCAGUUCCUGGGCUCUGUGGAGGUGCCCUGUCACCAGGGCAAUGGCAUCCUGUGUGCAGCCAUGCAGAAGAUUGCCACCGCCCGGAAACUGACCGUCCACCUGCGUCCUCCUGCCUCCUGUGACCUUGAGAUUUCUCUUCGGGGGGUCAAGCUGAGUCUGAGUGGAGGACCCGAGUUCCAGCACUGCAGCCACUUCUUCCAGAUGAAGAACAUCUCGUUCUGUGGCUGCCACCCCCGCAACAGCUGCUACUUCGGCUUUAUCACCAAACACCCGCUGCUGAGCCGCUUUGCCUGCCACGUUUUUGUCUCCCAGGAGUCGAUGAGGCCCGUGGCCCAGAGUGUGGGCCGCGCCUUCCUGGAGUACUACCAGCAACACCUGGAGUACGCCUGCCCCACAGAGGACAUCUACCUGGAGUAGCCGCCCGCCGCUCUCCUGCUCCGGGAGCAGCUGGGGCCGGGGGCGUCUCAUGAGGCCACCUCAGCUCUGGCAAGGACUGGACUGGGGGCACGUGGGACCUGACAUCCGGGGAGUCUCCGGGCUGUGCUGGGACCUCUCCUCCUUGCUCCCCAGGGGCUGCCGAAGGGUGGAGCCUGCGCCUCCGCUUCCCCUGACCCGUGCUCUCUGUGUCGCCCUGGUCUGCCCUUGGCCUCCCUCCCCUCUCCUCCUGUCUGUCUCUGCUCCUCUGUGCCUGCAAACUCUUGCCCUCUGCUCUUUACUUUGGGGUCAGAGUUGGGAGGGGCGUGUGGAGGAAGCUCCCAGGUGGUCCCCUCUUGCUCUUCCCCUGUGGUUUAUAAAGGAAUUUUAAUUUUUAUAGUGAAUAUCAAGGGAUCAUCCCAUCCUUACCAUAGGGACAAAGAGAGGGACCCCCCCCACACACACACUGCCCCACGCAGAGCUCAGGGGGAAGCAGGGAGGGGUUCCCCAGGAGGGCCUUGGGCGAGACUAGGAGUCGUUCUCGAUGCUCACCCCAAGCCCCAGACGCUGCUAGGAGGAGGGUGCCCUCGCCUGGGCCCCAGCCACACCAGCGCCCGCUUUGCCGCUGCAAACACUCCCCGCAGUCCAGCACCUCAAUAAACUCUCUGCUUGGUGUGACCCUGGCUAUUUCUGGGGUGAGGGGGGUAGAUAUAGGGCUGGGGGCCCAGGCGCUGCCCGUGGCAGUGGGACCGAGACCCCAGGGUGAUGGAAUCGGGAGAAGUGUCGCCCCUUCAGUGCUCUCUGAAACCAUGCCUGGGUGUCUGUCUGGGCUGGGGAGGGUGCACGCUCGUGAGUGUGCCCGCACGCUCGUGAGUGUGUGAGUAUGCGACAGAAAGCAGGCGUCAGUCUGCUUAGAUUUUAAGAUUCGUGUUUUAGACAUUCUCUACGGAAAGCCGGAAGAUAAGAGGUGACCAUUUGUCAUAUGCCCUAGGUGAUUAGAGAUGCUGCCUCCUGGAGAAAGGGCUUCCUGGGCCCCCUGGCCCCGGUGAGCCCCAGCUCUCAGGUGCUGAGGUCAGCACGGUGGUCCGUGCCUUCCUGAAGGUGAGCCUGCCCCGCCCCAGCCCAGGAGGAGAGCAGCGCCAGGAAGACAACAGGUGAAGGUUAAGAAACGAGAGUGAGAAAGGCCAGUGUAGACAAAUUCACCACAUGAAUAUUGAAAACUACUGUCUAUAGACAUCACACACCUCUACUCAAAUUGAGGGCAGCCAACAGAGAACACAGCCACGGCGUCAGGAGUCCGUAAAUGACCACCCUCUAGCAUCUGGGGAGCCGCAGCGCAGGCCAGGGCCCCCGAGCCCGCAAGAGGAGCCAGCAGAACAUCUAUGAGAAAACUUCGCUGCUAGUUAAAGUUGAAAGAGGUGGAGAGCCCCUGGACGGGCACCUCUGCCCCCGCGCGGGGCGGCGGGGCUCUCAGGGCCCUGUGGCUGCACCCAGCCUGCUCUUCCCUUCGCGCUCGGUCGGGUGGGAGUGCGCGCCCCCUCCCCGUUGCAGGGAAGGCUCCAUUUGCCCCUGUUGGGCUCAGCCCCUCCUCCACUCAUCUCCCCACUUCUCUGUACCAUAACUUGUGCCUCCCUGCUGGCCCUUCAGGACAGCAGCCGACCUGCUUGGGCGUCCUCCUCCUGGACCAGCUCGCUGUCUGUAGGGUCCUUCCCACACCUGCCCACCUUCCUUCUACCUCUGGCCUCCUCCCCUGCACCUGCCCAGGCACCUUCCUUCAUGUCUCCAGCUGUUCCUUCUCAGGGCUCAUGGUCUCCAGCUCAGCUGUACCCCAGACCCCGCCCCGGCUCUGUCCUGGGUUCCCCCUCCCAGGCCUCCUCCCUCCCUUGGUCUCAACCGCCUUCCCUGUGCUGCGGGCCCCAGCGUCCUGCCUCUGAGCUGCCCGUUGACUCCCCAGCCCCAUCUGCCCUCCAGGAACGCUUGCUCUGCCAGUCACUGGCCAGGUGCCUUGUGAAUGCAGGACCCUAACCAGGCCACGGAGGAGCAGAGGAACAAAACUGGUGGGAGCCAGACACUCCGCCCCUAUUCUAUAUUCUGCGCUUUAUGUUUUUUCCAGUUGCCUGAGCUGGAGCCCCGGAGUCACCCUAGACUGCCCGCUGCUGUCAGUGUCACCCCACACCAUCAGCCCUAAGUCUGCCCCUUCACCUCCCCACCCCUGCCUGAGUCUUUGUGCAUCAAGCAGCCUCCUCCAGGCUCUCUGCUUCCACCUGUGUCUGCAAAUCCACCAGCACCUGCAACCAGACCAGGGUUUUUAGAUAGAAACCUGAGCAGGCCACUUGCCCUCAGCUCUGCUGUGGCUCCCUGUUCAACCUCCGCCUACCCUGGCGCUGUCCCUCUCCAGCCCCCGCUUCCCUCGACCCCAUUUCCGCCCUUGGAAACUGAGCUUCUUGUGGGCUUCCACUGCCCUUCUCUGCAUGUGGCUGGGCGACCUCCUGUCCUCCGGGAUACAGGGGGCCCUGGACCCCGCCUGCUCCCCUGGCAGAGGCUGCCAACUGUGAGUCGGCAGGCAGGAUGUAGCUAAUGCCUCCUGCCCUCCCAGAGCCUGGCGUAGCACCUGGCACACGUGCGGGGGGCCUUCAGAGCCCUGAGUGGUAAGUGAGUAAGCCUCCAAUGCCAGGACUCUGCCUUCUGGAAGUCCAGCCAAGGAUAGCAUCCUAAAUGAAAAGCUUUGUAUUGUACAUGUUCUUGUUUAAAAUGUUGAAAGCAUAAAAAUAAUCUAGAUAUUGACCAGUAUGGUUAACUGAAUUAAGGUAUAUAUACCUAAUUGAAAUAGUGGGCUGAUAUGGAAAAAGUGUGCUUACAAACAUUUAAUAUUUGUUAUUAAGGAAAAAUAAAUACGCAGAAUCUAUGCUAGAAACGACAUUGAAAAAAGACUGAAAAGAAACAGGCCGCGGUCAUUGUCGCUGGAGGUGGGACUGAUGGUUUCUCUUCCUUUUUUCUCUGCAAUGAACAUGUCUUAAUUGUUUCAAGCAUUAUAUGUUGCUCUUAGGGACCCCCAAGUGCAAAGAGAAACACCCACGGAAAAACUAAAAGUA